AUGUCACAUAGCGUAGUCCAUGAAGCAAAUAAUUGUGAAAAACGUCCUACUCCGGAGGAAUUUUUCAAAAGACAACCAGAACCAGGAUUUAUUAAGUCAAUAGAUGAGUACCAUGAAAUGUACAAAAAGUCAAUUGAAGAUCCUGAAGAAUUCUGGGCUCCUUUAGCUAAAGAUUUAAUAAGUUGGGAUAAACCUUUCGAACAAGUCACGUCAGGAGAUUUAAAAACUGGUAAUGUUGGGUGGUUCUUGAAUGGUGAAUUAAACGCUUGUUACAAUUGUGUUGAUAGAUGGGCUUUUUCAACCCCUGACAAACCAGCUAUCAUCUGUGAAAAUGACGAUGAAGCUCAAUCACACGUCUUAACCUACAAAGAAUUAUUAUACGAAGUUUGUAAAGUCAGUCAAAUCUUAGAUGACUGGGGGGUUAAAAAAGGUGACACUGUUGCCAUUUAUAUGCCAAUGAACAGUCAAGCUAUCAUUGCCAUGUUAGCUGUUGCAAGAAUUGGUGCUAUCCAUUCAGUAAUUUUUGCUGGUUUCUCCAGUGGUUCCAUCAAAGACAGAGUCAAUAAUGCUAGUUGUAAAGCAUUGAUUACUUGUGAUGAAGGUAAAAGAGGUGGUAAAACUAUCAAUAUCAAGAAAUUGUGUGAUGAUGCUUUAGAUAAUUGUCCAACUGUUGAAAAAGUAUUAGUUUACAAAAGAACUGGCAAUCCAGAAAUCUUCAUGAAAGAAGGUAGAGAUUAUUUCUGGGAUGAAGAAGCUAAGAACUUCAGUGGAUACAUUCCUCCGGUGUCUGUCAAUUCCGAAGAUCCAUUGUUCUUAUUAUAUACAUCAGGUUCUACCGGUACUCCAAAAGGUGUGGUCCAUACUACUGCCGGUUAUUUAUUAGGAGCCGCCAUGACUACCAAGUACAUUUUUGAUAUCCAUGCUCAAGAUAUUUUAUUCACUGCUGGUGAUGUUGGUUGGAUUACUGGUCACACUUACGCCUUAUAUGGUCCUUUAAGUUUAGGUGUUACUUCUGUAGUCUUUGAAGGAACUCCUGCUUAUCCAGAUUAUGGUAGGUUAUGGGCUAUCGUUGAAAAACAUGCUGUUACUCAUUUCUAUAUCGCCCCAACUGCUUUAAGAUUAUUGAGAAAAGCUGGUGAAGAUCAAAUCGACAAAUACAAUUUAUCAAGUUUAAGAACUUUGGGUUCUGUUGGUGAACCAAUCAGUCCUGAUAUUUGGGAAUGGUUCAAUGAAAGAAUUGGUAAAGAUCAAUGUCAUAUCGCUGAUACCUAUUGGCAAACCGAAUCCGGUUCUCAUUUCAUUGCCCCAAUUGCUGGUGUUAUUCCAAAUAAACCAGGAAGUGCCUCAUUACCUUUCUUUGGUAUCGAUACCUGUCUUAUCGACCCUGUCUCAGGUAAAGAAAUUGAAGGAAAUGACGUUGAGGGUGUUUUGGCCAUUAAAUCAACUUGGCCCUCAAUGGCCAGAUCAGUCUGGAAAAACCAUACCAAAUACAUGGACACCUAUUUGAAUCCUUACCCAGGUUAUUACUUCACUGGUGAUGGUGCUGCUAGAGAUAACGAUGGAUACUAUUGGAUUAGAGGUAGAGUUGAUGAUGUUGUAAAUGUCUCAGGACACAGAUUAUCUACCGCUGAAAUUGAAGCUGUAUUGAUCGAAUUCCAUAACGUCAGUGAAAGUGCUGUCGUUGGUAUUAGUGAUGACUUAACUGGUCAAGCUAUCGUCGCUUACGUUGCCUUGAAAGAAACCGAAGGUGUCAAUAUUGAGGACUUAAGAAAAACCUUGAUUUUACAAGUCCGUAAAGAAAUCGGUCCUUUUGCUGCUCCUAAAUCCAUCAUCAUUGUUCCUGACUUGCCAAAAACUAGAUCUGGUAAGAUCAUGAGAAGAAUCUUGAGAAAAAUUAGUUCUUAUGAAGCUGAUCAAUUGGGUGAUAUCACCACUUUAGCAAAUCCACAAUCGGUGGAAGGUAUUAUUGAAUGUUUCUCUCAACAAUUUGUUGCUAAGAAAUAA